UUCGAACUUCAAGCUUCAAGCCUCAGGCCUCAGGCCCAAGGCCCAAGGCCCAAGGCCCAAGGCCCAGGCCCAGUAGACAGUGUCGAUCAGGCGGCCGCCACUAAGCUGGAAACGGAUUCGAUGCGUCUCCAUAGUGCUCACAACGAUGGAAGACUGCGAACCUUUGCUAGUGGAAACAACAAUCAUCAAGUCAUCUGAAACAGAAUCAAUCAGACCGAUCACGGUUUACCAAGCGUUGCAGGCGGAACGCUUAGCCAACGAUGUUCAGUUCUCGCUUGGUGGGGCCAAGUUCGAUAAGGCGAGUCACUACUAUUUGAAAUUUUCUGAAAGAUCAAACAUAUUCAAAUCCCUGAAGGUCCUGCUGGUCACCCAUGUCAUGUUACGUACCAGUGAUGCUCGAGGUGUUUAUGACCUCGAUGAUGGCACUGGGAGAAUAUAUGGGUCACGGAGUAACACAGCAGGACAAGAUCAUGCCGCGUUCUUGGCCAUGAUACGACAAUUUGACAACAGUCUAGCUUGUGUCAAGGGCACACUUAUCCAGCGUGGCCAGCAAAAAAUAAUGGAUAUUGAGUCCAUGAUUGGGGCAGGAUAUCAUCAGGCUAUGUAUCAUACUCUUGAGUGCAUGAAGACAAGUUUGAUGGUCGAGAGGCACAAAGGACAGGCUCACAACACAGACGAGAUGCUUGUCGUCCAAGAGUUCAAAGGGGAUGCGGAAGACUCGAUAGCAGCCGACUCGCGAGCAUUUGAACAAUCUUAUCGUAGAAAUGUCAGCUCUCCUCAGACUCCUGCUGGGCCGUUACCGCGGUAUGGCGAUCAUAAUGAGGGUCUGAGUUCCGCAUCGACCUCAAAGCAAGCUGCAUCCCAACUUCUUACACCACUUCUCGCACAUGAGCCUGAAACUCCUCAUUAUGCCAUUGUUCGGGUGGCCCAUCCUUGCACAGUCAUGCGAACACCGAGCCCCCUUUCUUCCUUUGACUCCUCGCUCCAAAUUAGUUCUCAGUAUUCUCCACAUUAUUAUAGCCAGCUAGCCCAAUUGACAGCGACACAACUCGCUAUCGUGUCCAACCUGUAUCAGCUCCAGGGUGAUGCUAUUUAUGGGGUUUUGAUAACUGCUGUGUGCGAGCGCGUGACACAGGUGAUUGAGAUCACUCAGGAAGAAUUCAGCACUGACAUAGAUUGGCUUCUCGAAGAAAUAUACAUAUUCAGACCACUCGAUGAUGACCGCAUUGCGCUCACGCCUCGCGCCUCAGUUUAGUUUCAUCACCUGCAUAUAUCACCCCAUUCAAAAUAUAUCACGAAUGCAUUAAUGAGACAUUGGGAGUCCUGGCAUUUGAGCUGUUACAUACUUAGUUGUGAAGUUUGUGCAAAGUCCACUUUGAUAUCAUACGCGACGGAAAAGGCAACGCCGAAGUACUGGUGUAGUACUUUCAGCUAUACCCCCUGCACCUUUGCUGCGUGU